AGUGUUGCACGAGUAUAUCAUACAGCAACAGCUUUGUCGAAUGGAAAAGUCUUAGUUACUGGUGGAUUCAAUGGUGUUUAUCUCAGCAGUGCUGAGUUGUAUGAUUCAUCAGCAGGUAGUUGGACAACAACAGGAAGUAUGAGUGUUGCACGAGGAUAUCAUACAGCAACAGUUUUAUCGAAUGGAACAGUCUUAGUUACUGGUGGGUGGAAUGGUGUUUAUCUCAGCAGUGCUGAAUUAUAUGAUCCAUCAUCAGACAAUUGGACAACAACAGGAAGUAUGAGUGUUGCACGACAUCUUCAUACAGCAACAGCUUUAUCGAAUGGAAAAGUCUUAGUUACUGGUGGACAGAAUGAUUUGUAUCUCAGCAGUGCUGAAUUAUAUGAUCCAUCAUCAGACAAUUGGACAACAACAACAAGUAUGAGUGUUGCACGCGAAUAUCAUACAGCAACAGCUUUAUCGAAUGGAAAAGUCUUAGUUACUGGUGGGUUGAAUGGUGUUUAUCUCAGCAGUGCUGAGUUAUAUGAUCCAUCAACAGGUAGUUGGACAACAACAACAAUUUUAGUUACUGGUGGGUGGAAUGGUGUUUAUCUCAGCAGUGCUGAAUUAUAUGAUCCAUCAACAGGCAGUUGGACAACAACAACAAGUAUGAGUGUCGCACGAUGUUCUCAUAGAGCAACAGUUUUAUCGAAUGGAACAGUCUUAGUUACUGGUGGAUUCAAUGGUGUUUAUCUCAGCAGUGCUGAGUUAUAUGAUCCAUCAACAGGUAGUUGGACAACAACAACAAGUAUGAGUGUUGCACGAGGAUAUCAUACAGCAACAGUUUUAUCGAAUGGAACAGUCUUAGUUACUGGUGGGUGGAAUGGUAGUGUUUAUCUCAGCAGUGCUGAGUUAUAUGACCCAUCAACAGGCAGUUGGACAACAACAACAAGUAUGAGUGUUGCACGAGUAUAUCAUACAGCAACAGCUUUGUCGAAUGGAAAAGUCUUAGUUACUGGUGGAUUCAAUGGUGUUUAUCUCAGCAGUGCUGAGUUGUAUAAAUAA